CCCGCGCAUGUAAGCCGCCAUCUUGUCGUGCCGAGGAGGAGAAGAGAGAGACAAGACACAGCUUGCUUGCUUGCUUCAGAUAUGGCGGAUUACAGCAGCGUGGCUCCACCGUCCAGCGGCGGCGGCGGAAUGAAUGAGGCUUUUAAAGACGCUCUCCAGCGAGCACGACAGAUCGCAGCGAAAAUCGGCGGAGAUGGCGUUGCGCCCCCCCCGACGAGCGAGUUUGGCUACGGAGGCCAGAAAAGGCCCCUGGAGGACGCUGGUGGGUAUUUUCCCAUGCCUAACCUGAAUAUCGACCAACCCGAGACGAAGAAAGUGGCGACUAAUGAUGCUUUUUCUGCUAUGGGAGCAAUGGGAGGCCCCCCAAGAUCAAUAUCAGAGGAAUUCAAGGUUCCCGAUGGAAUGGUUGGAUUCAUUAUCGGAAGAGGCGGUGAACAAAUCUCACGUCUGCAGCAGGAGUCUGGCUGCAAAAUACAGAUUGCACCUGACAGUGGAGGUAUGCCCGAUCGGUCAGUGACAUUGACGGGAGGACCCGACGCAAUCCAGAUGGCAAAGAGGCUGCUCACGGAGAUCGUUGAGAAGGGACGGCCGUCCCCAGCGUUCCACCACAAUGACGGCCCAGGCAUGACUGUUCAGGAGAUUAUGGUCCCUGCCUCGAAAGCCGGCCUCGUCAUUGGCAAGGGAGGAGAGACCAUCAAGAGCCUUCAGGAGAGAGCUGGAGUGAAGAUGGUCAUGAUUCAAGAUGGCCCCCAAAACACAGGUGCAGACAAACCUCUCCGCAUUUCGGGAGAACCCUUUAAAGUUCAGCAAGCCAAAGAGAUGGUGAUGGAGCUGAUCAGAGACCAGGGCUUCAGAGAGCAGAGGGGCGAGUACGGGUCCAGAAUUGGAGGUGGUGGCGGCGAGAGCUUAGACGUUCCUGUUCCCCGGUUUGCAGUCGGAAUAGUCAUUGGCAGAAAUGGAGAGAUGAUCAAGAAGAUCCAGAGUGACACGGGGGUUAGGAUCCAGUUUAAACAAGAUGAUGGCAGUGCACCAGACAGGAUAGCACAGAUAAUGGGUCCUCCUGACCAGGCUCAGCACGCAGCAGAGAUAAUUUCGGACCUGCUGAGGAGCGUCCAGGCCGGCGGGCCUCCGGGCCACGGUGGAGGUGGUGGUGGGGGCGGCAGAGGCAGAGGACGCGGGCAGGGCAAUUGGAACAUGGGGCCCCCUGGUGGCCUCCAGGAGUUCACCUUCACCGUCCCAACCAUGAAGACAGGCCUCAUCAUUGGAAAAGGUGGUGAGACCAUCAAAGGAAUCAGCCAACAGUCGGGGGCCAGGAUUGAGUUGCAGAGGAAUCCUCCUCCCAACUCUGACCCCAAUGUCAAGAUGUUCACGGUCAGGGGCUCGCCUCAGCAGAUCGACUAUGCCAGGCAGCUGGUAGAGGAGAAGAUUGGAGGACCUGUCACUCCAAUGGGUGGCCCACAUGGCCCCCCUGGUCCACAUGGAGGUCCGGGCCCACAUGGUCCUCCUGGCCCUCCAGGACCCCCUGGUGCUCCCAUGGGUCCGUACAACCCCGGGCCUUACAACCAGGGACCCCCAGGACCACAUGGUCCCCCAGCACCUUACCAGCCUCAGGGGUGGGGCAACGGCUACCCGCACUGGCAGCAGGGCCAGCCUGAUCCAAGUUCAGACAAAGCAGCAGCUGACGCUAACGCCGCAGCGUGGGCGGCCUACUAUGCCCAAUACGGCCAGCAACCUCAGGCUCCCAUGACGCCCACGGGUGCAGCGCCGGGCACCACUCAGUCCAACGGUCAAGGUGACCCACAGGCUGCAGGUCAGAGUGGACAGGCAGAUUACACCAAGGCCUGGGAGGAUUAUUACAAGAAAAUGGGGCAACAGAGUCAACAACCUCAGGACUACACCAAAGCCUGGGAGGAGUAUUAUAAGAAGCAAGGUCAAGCGGCCCCUCAGGCAGCAGCACCGGCGGCCGCUGCGGCCCCCACCACUCAACCCGGCGGCCAGCCGGACUACAGUGCCGCUUGGGCUGAGUACUACCGGCAGCAGGCGGCUUACUAUGGCACGGGCAACCCUCAGACCAUGGGAGCGGCACCACAAGCCCCUCAGUGUUCUCCCCCAACCCCCCCAGACCUUGCACCUUAGGUUCUGCUGCAGUAAUCCAGGUAAGCAAAGCCUAAGGAAACAAUAGUGAAAUACAGUGGAACCUCCAAAGAAGAACUAUAUCCAGAAUUGAAUGGAAAAUAUGAAUUAGUGUGAUGAUGUGAAACAUCUGUGAGGAUAAAUGCCACAACUGUGCUUUUGCCUUCUGGGUAGGGGGACAAGAAGGGUCCCUGUGAUCAUAGCCAUAGAACGGCGAUGUCUGAAAGGAUCUGGCUACUGAGUACAAUGGUACGAAAGUGGCAACAAGUGUUUCUAUUUUUCCCAUAUCUCUAGUUUUACCACAGUUUUAUUAUACAGUUAUAAACUUCGCUUUACACACGUCAGUUGAGGACCCCUGCCCCAAUGUUGUGGGUGUAAUACACCCAUUUGAAAGUUGAAUACAAGUUGCUUAGUACUUUUUCCUGUUGUAAUCAACGCAUACAUUGAAAAUGAGUACUAAUAGACAAUGGGAUGAUUAUUUUUGACACUUGUGGCUAAUUAAACAUGGCCUCAGGUCAGAUUGACACAGGAGCAUGACUCCUGAGAAAGGAACGUGACAGGUUGGUUAAAACUGUCUUCGUGACAACAAUUUGAUGCCAGAACCUAUUCAAUUGAUAAAUGCAUCCCUCUGGUUUGGAAAACAACUUUGACGUGAACCUACGCCACUUAAUUCCACUUUGGAGGUUCCACUGUCUUGUUUUUCCGAUUUGACCAGGUUUCCAUCCAUGCAAAGAAAUGCUCACCCUGUAAAUGAAAUCAUGCUGAACUGAAAAGUGACACACAUGACUUGUACGACUUUGUGGACUUGACUCAAAAGUACAAACUGGUUGGUUAUGAGGAAGUGCUGUGUAUGUGUGCAUAAUUAUGACACAGACCUUUAAAUUGUUCGUUUUUGAAUUGUCGUGCAUGUCCUGUAAAGCUGCAGCAGAAGGACAGGGCCAUGAUUUUUUUUUUGUUUUGUUUUGAAAAAGAAAAUACGUGAUGUUGACAAAUGUACUCUGGUGGUGUUUAUUCUGCUGUAAAGCACAGUGCUGACGUACUCAUUGAAACACCUUCACUUCUCGCUCACAGUGUUGGAGGACGCUGCAAGCUUAGGCGCUAGAAUCAGAGCCUGUGGUAGUUUCUGCCGAGCGUAGGCCGGGCAAGAGCUCCAGUGCUUAAGGUAAAAAACAAAACAAAAAAACAGAUCAUUAAACAAGUAAUGCAAUUUUUUGUGACUGCAAAAAGUGCAAGUUAGGUAUGUUUUCUGCUCGAGUUGACUGUUUUAACGCUGCCAUAGUGAUUUGAGUCGUUUGAUGGUUGUCAUUUAUAUUUCUAGUCGUCAUGGUUGUUGCAAUGAAUGGUUUAGAAAGUUGGAUGAGGACAGGAACUGAACUUUGAACAUGAUGUGUUGUGUCAUUAAAAUGUCCCACUCAGGCUCUGCGGGUUGGGGGGAGGGUUAUUUAGCAGGAGGAAGCCUUCUAGAGGUAAACAUGCUGUAUUAUAUGCUCACUCCUACUGUCAUGUUCAUUAUUAAUAAAGGUGUCACAAAUGAAUUUGAUGACUAAGUGGCUCAUUAGAUCAAAGACAGACUGAUCAGUGUUUAUUUGGUUGUAACAUUGACGCACAGAUUACUUUUCAAUGUGGCUGAAAUUUCAAAACAUCUACAAAUCACCAGUGUAAAUUGACAUUGAUCAUGACCUUUAAUAUUAAAUUUGAGAGCACAAAGUAACAAAUCUGCAGCAGUGAAGACGAUUAGCACAAAAUGGACAAUUGGUGACCUUUUCAAUCCCUCUGUGAUCAACAAUUGCAGCACUUAUCAAAAUUCACUUAAGUUACAUAUUGGAUGUAUAGUACAAACAUCUCAUUUAAUACAAUGACAUGGACAGAAAUGACUGACUAAAAAUAUAGUGUACAUAGUAUGUGUACGAAAAUAUUUUCCCCACAUGCAUUUACUCAAAGGUUUCUUUUUCAAGAGUGAAUGGCUCAUUUAGUAUUCAGUGUGCAAGUUUUAAUAGAUGCUUGGAUACCUCCUGAUAGACAUUACAUUUUACCUUUAAAAUCUAAAUGGAUCUUGGGUUCAAGAAAAAAAAAAAAAAAAAAAAAAUUACAGGUGUGUGGCACAAUUUGUAGGUCAACCAAAAUGUGAAAAAUCACAACAAAAGGAAUUAUUUUUUAUAUAUAUUUUUUUUUCUCUCUCUGAUGCUACCAGAGAGCAAAUAAGUGGAGAAGUUAGAGUAGUACAAGAAAUGUCUAUUAAAUCUCAAUUAGUGAAGAUAAGCGGAACGGAAGAUGAAUGAAUGCAUUAAUUUGACCUACAAAACGCCACGAAGAGACAGCGUUGCUCUGCAAACACCUUUCCUGGUCCCUUGCCUCUGUCAAGUGUCUUCAAAGGGUGAGUAGUUUUUACUUUUUUUCCCGAAAUUUUCUUUAUAGUGUUUAACGUUUUAUACCAGUGUAACAGUUGAAGUUAAAAUGUUGCAUAAAAUAGAUAAGUGAUGUAUUCAUAUUUGCUAUAGUAGAAAUAGUUUUGAAACGACUUAAAAUUUUGUCACAAUAGAUAGUGUUCAACUUGGGCAGUUCUACUGUGUGUAUAUACAGGUGCCGGUCAUAUAAUUAAGAAUACCAUGGAAAAAGUUGAUUUCAGUAAUUCCAUUUAAAAAGUGAAACUUGUAUAAUGUAUACAUUCAUUUCACACAGACCGACAUUUAAAGUGUUUUUUUUUUUUAUGGAUGAGUAUAACUAAUGAAAACCUCAAACUGAGUAUCUCAGAACAUUUGAAUAUUGUGGAGCGGUACAAUAUUGAAGACACCUGAUGCCACACUCUAAUCAGCUACUUAACCCAAAACACCUGCAAAGGCCUUUAAAUGGUCUCUGUCUAGUUCUGUAGGGAAGACUUCAGACCUCACAGUUGACUGACACUUUGCACAAGAAGGGCAAGAGAGAAGAUCAUUGCUAAAGAGGCUGGCUGUUCACAGAGCUACGUGUCCAAGCACAUUCAAAGAGAGGCGAAGGGAAGGAAAAGAUGUGGUAGAAAAAAGUGUUGGAAAUCAAGGUCCCAGAGUCUGGAGGAAGAGAGGAGAGGCACAGAAUCCAUGUUGCGUGAGGUAGAGUGAUGCUAUUACAUGCUUUACGGUAAGGCAUGAGAGUCAUGUCGGGGGAGGGAGGAAAUGAGCAGCAGCUGUGUUUGUGUGUGGGAGGAUUCAGUCAAGAUUUUGGGUGUGGUUUCUUGGAGUUUAGCAAAAUCUCAGAGGUAUAUUCUGUGUAAAUCAGUCUUGUAAAUUGUUUUAGUAUUUUUUUUUCCCCUGGUGAUUUUAUGUUUGCAAUUUUUUGUUUUUUCGAUUGAGUUUGUCAGUGUUUCGGCUAUUUUAUUUAUUCUUUUGUAUUUUACCGUGCUUUUGUCGUAUUUGCCAUUGUGAUUUUUUUUGACAUUUUUGGGACAUUUCCUCCUUGGUUGUUUUGUGAAUACGAGGAAAUGUCAAGGGAGAGCACAUGACACUAGGGUCCCCAGGAAACUUGUAGAUGAACAGGAGGAGUCAGCCAUGUCUUCUCUCUCACCUCAACCACAGUAAGUAAAACUGUUUGCAUUCUAUAUUUAUUUCUAACUUUAUAACGUGUCCCACAACCCAAAAAAAUGCUCAACAAAAAUAUCAAGUCUCCCUCCGAUGGAUAAGUGAUGGACACCAGGGAAGUGGCCAUAUGCACCACUGUCUAUUCUGUUUACACUGGGUGGCAGAAGGACAAUGGGCAAAGUCAGGGGAUCCCCAGGCCUACAGCAGUGGCCGAAUACAACAAAUACAUGGGGGGUGUGGAUACCUCUGACCAGAUGUUGGCAACAAACUCGGUGUACCGGAAAACCAGAAGAUGGUCAAUGACUCUCUUUCAGCACCUGCUGGACAUUGCUGUCACAAAUAGUUUCAUUGUGCACAAGGAGCUCAGCAAGGCACACAGCAGCAGGUCACAUGCCAGGCUUUCCAGGAGGAGCUGAGUGCGCACCUACUUGGCGUGCCACUGACCAGGCCACUUCCCUAUCCCAACCAACAAAAAUGAGUGCACAGACAAAAGAGCAUUGGGAAGGAAAAAGUGCACUCUGUGCUACAAAAGGACACCUUGGAUGUGUGAUGUGGGUCUCUGUCUUCAGGUGGACAGGAAUUGUAACUACCACUGCUAAAAUAAAAAUAAAAAUAUUAACACCGAAAAAUAAAAACCCCUUGGCUAUUUAUUGACAAAUAUUGCAGCCUGUAACAUGGACUCAGAUAGCUCCAGAAAUGUAAAACUGAGUUGUUGUAAAAUAGUUUAAAUUAGAUGUUUGCAAUCUCAGAAAUGUUCAAUCUGUACUUUUCAAGAAUUUAUAUAACGAAAGUUCAAUUCAGUUUUUGUCCUUCUUUUUAGGUAUUUAAGUACAUAAGAAUGGUAAGUACUUGACAGACUUUGAAAGUUCUACUUCUAGAAAAAGGGUGUAUAUUAUUUACACACAGCAUUUUUUGACACAAUUAUUGACAUAAAUAGAAUAGCUGUUUUAAUGUUACUGUGGUGCUAAAAGGGUUAAGGACCAUGGUAUCCCUGUUCUUGAUUGGCCAGCAAACUCACCUGACCUCAACCCCAUUGUAAUGUGAAGAGAAAAAUGCGAUACGCCAGGCUACUAUUAGAGCAACCUGGGCUCUCGUAACACCUGAGCAGUGCCACAGACUGACUGACUCCAUGACACGCUGCAUUGCAUGCUACCAUAUGUUUUACCAUGCCUGCGUCCAUAAUACGGUGCGCCAUAUGUAUGUGUUAAAUACAGAAAUAGACCCCGUAACUGAGACUGCACCUUUUAAUUCAGUGCACCCUAUGGUUGUGAAAAUAUGGUAAUCAAAUUUGAGAUGCUGAAUGUGGUAUUUUCAUUAGUUGUCAUUUAUCAUCAAAAUUAAAAAAAAAUUGAAAUUAAUCCUCAGUCUGUGUGAAAUGAAUGAAUAGAAUAUACAAGUUUCACUUUUUAAAUGGAAUUAUAGAAAUAAACAUUCAUGAUAUUCUAAUUAUAUGACCAGCACCUGUAUGUGAUCAUUAUAUGGUCAAUAUUCCAGCUUUAUUUUGCAUGAUACAACAAAGUGCAGAGUCAUGGCAUAGUUAAGAUGAGCGGGACACGAGAAGGCUGCACUAAUCAUCACUCAUGUUGGGAAAUAUAGUACAGUUAAAACCACUCACUGCACAUUGGACUCCAUAAGGGCUCCAGGUACAAGGUGCAGUGUGGUGCCGCUGCAUCCAGUAAGCUGCAGGGAGUACUCUGCACCCAGGUAGGCCAGCAGCAGUUCGGAGCGGCGGUGCAGCAAGUGCAACAUGUCCUCGGCCAGGCUGUCAACUGAUGAGUAGCGAACCUUGUCCAGGUCAAAUA